GGUAAACAAAGGAAAGGCACUUCCACCAUUGAGCCUGUAAGAUAACAACUAAAUGGGUGCCAACACAGUUGAUCCCGAGCUCCAGGGACUAGGAAAUGAGGACGAUAUCCUCUCAGGGAUUGAUGUGUCUUCCAUGAUGCAAGGUGGCGAUGGUGAAGAGGAUGGUGAUGAUGGUCAAGAUAUCGGUCAGCAAAACGUGUACGACUUCUCUGAUGAAGAGGAGGAGGAGGAGGAGCUCGCUGAACGAGGAUAUAAUGCCGAGCAGGAGGCGAUUGAGAGGGACCUGCUGGAUGCCUUCAACUCUGAUAGUGACGAUUGGGAGGUGGAUGAUGAUGACGAAGGAACAGAUGAUGAUCUCAAGGCGCUUCUCAGGGAGACACAUAGUACGAAGAGGAAGCGCUCUGCUAAAUCGAGCAAAGGUGCAAAGAAAAGACUCACGUCCGUGCGUCCUGCGAAGGAGCUGGAUCCAGAGAUUCGUGUAUUGCUUUCAGAAGCCAAUGAAUGCUUUGUGGCCAGACAGUACGAACGGGCAGAACUGAAAUUCAAAGAGGUGAUUAAGAAGGACCCUCGAAACUUCCCAGCAUACAAGAGUUUGGGAGAGAUUUACCUCCUACUCAAUGACCCGAAUAAAAGUUGUAAUACAUGGUUUCUUGCAGCUCAUUUGAGACCCACGGAUGGUGAAUUCUGGGCUUUCGUGGCAAGACAAUCGCGUGAGCUGGGGCAUACAUCGCAGGCUCUGUACUGUCUGAGAAGAGCAGUUACAGUUGGGUAUAGGACAUUUGACGUGCUUCUAGAAAGAUCAAUCCUUUACAGGGAGAAUGGAAGCUAUGGAAGAGCUUCAGAAACCUUACAAAAGAUGCUUGAGCUGUUUCCCAAAGAGCCCGCAGUACUGCGUGAACUAGCCUUGAUCUACAACCAACUGAACAGAGUCAAUGAUGCUAUCGCACUGUACCUCAAGUUGUUUGAGAAGAACAUAAACCAUAGAAAUGCCGUACAGAUGGGGGAAGAUGUCACAAAUGAGAAACCCUUCCCUGUAUUUGAUUGGUCGUCUUUGAACAUCUUGGCUGAAUUGUUUGUGAAUCAGAAGAACUAUGCCAUAGCUAUUCGAACAAUCAAACAUAUCUCAAGAUGGAUACAGGAGAGAGAAUCUGAAGAAUUCUGGGAGUACGUCACUGAUGAUUCGGAAUUUGAUGAGAGAAGAUAUGAAAAUGCACAUUUUGAAGCGCUGCCCGAUAUCUUGAAGAACAAAUCACACAAGCUUCCAAUCGAUAUACGUGUCAAAUUGGGAUCUCUGAGGCUUAGUCUUGAUAACAUUGAUGAGGCUUUAGUGCACUAUAACUUUCUGCUCAACGACAAUAUCAAUGAAACGUCGGACCUGUUCUUAGAGGCUGCUCAAAAAUUGGAGGCUGCUCAACUGUUUGCCGAUGCAAUCAAAUUUUACGUACCUUUGAGCAAGAUUCAGGAGUUUCAAACUGCACAGCUGUACUCUUCCUUGGCCAGAUGCUCAACAGAACUUGGAAAAUACACCGAUGCGAAGCAAUACUACAACAUAGCACUGGAGAUGGAGCCGGAUAAUCUCGAUAUGAUGCUUUCUUUGGUUGAAGUGUUGUAUUAUCUUGAAGAAGUGGAAGAGUCGCAAGAACUUCUUGAUAGAGUCAAUUUCUUGAGAGCAAUUGAUCAAACACAAAAAACCAAUGAAGAUGUUACAGUAGAUGAUGAGCUUUCUAAAUUACCAUCAACGGGAGGUGCUUUGAUUGAAAAUGAAGUCAGAGUGAAGAAGAAAUCAAGACUCACAGAGGCUGAGAAACAGGAAAGAGAGGCGCGUAUUACCCAAAAUGUGAUUGAAAAGUUCAAUAGAGCACAAAGGUUGUACCAAGGUGUUGAACAGGGUGACAAGGUUGCUGCUGCUACUUGGAUUCAAUUGACAUCAGAGCUUAUUGAACUUUUCUGUAACGUCAAGAAUUUCUUCCCAAAGGAUCGCUCAAGACAGUUCAAAGGUAUCAUCAUGAGAACUAAAGGUCUUAACAUGGAUAUUGAUUCCAAGAUUGAAAGAAUUUCGGAACUUUACGAAGGGUUCACCUCCAAGAUGGAGGAAAGAGUUGUUUUGACUUCAAAGCAAGAAUUUAGAGGUAUAACAUAUGACCAAUGGUUUUCACUCUUUAUGCAAUAUGCCUUGGCUGUUGGAAAAUUCGACAACCCUGAAGAUGCUAACAGCAUUAUUGACAAUGCAAAGAGCAUCAACGUUUUCUACCAUGAUAAACAGAGAGAAAGAAUAAUGAACCUUGUGAAACUUGCUCUUGUUAUCAAAACGGAUGACUCAAAAAACAUCUUGAACUCCAUAAGACAAGUUGUGAACAUGUAUCAAUUCAACAGGGAUCUUUUUAGAAUGUUUAUGCUUGUCCAGCCUUCUGGUAAGAUGUGUACGGAAAACUUCAUCUCCAUCAACCAUCAGAAGUAUUUUCUAAGACAACUGAAGGGGUACGACUCUUUAAAGCUGAGGAAGCACAUCGCAGGAAUGGCAAACAUUGUGAAUAAAGACCUUGAUCCUAAAGGGCACGAUAACGUGUACAUUAUGCAUAUAUAUGCCUGCCUUCUAUUCACGAAUAGAAGUUACGUUCCAAGUUUGGUGUAUUUGACGAGAAUAUACAAAAACAUCAAGAACGAACCAUUGAUCUGUCUAUUGACAGGGCUGGCCCAUGUACACAGAUCAAUGCAGAGAUCAUCAACCAAUCGUCAUAUGGAAUUACUCCAAGGGUUGAAAUACAUGAUGGAAUACUUUGAGAUCCGUUCUUCAAGCAACUCCACUCGCUUGGAGCACCAAGAGGCUCUCUAUAACCUCGGCAGGGUGUAUCACCUCCUGGGGUUGGUCUCCAUUGCAGUUGAGUACUACAACCGCGUCUUGACGGAAUAUGAUGAUUUGGACAUCGAACAGGAUCUGAAGAGGCAAACAGCAUAUAACCUGGUGUUGAUAUACAACAACAGUGGCAACACACGACUCUCAAACAGUAUCAUGGAGAAGUAUUUAACGAUUUAAUAGUAUAUACAGCACGUAUCCUCAUCAUUCCGGCUUAUCAACACUCCUCGG